AUGAAAAAGGUUCUUGUACUGUUGAGCUUAUGUGCCGUGUGGCUCUCUACGGAUGCUGCUCCAACACCGGAAGAUCCUUCCAAUGCGGUGCAAGGAAUAGUGCCUGUCCAAAACAGUCCCGUGGUUAUCCUAGAGUCCGAUACUAACGCAGCCGACGAGAGCGAUCUGGAGGGUGCCGAAGCGGCCCACUUCGGCUACGGAGGCGGUGGUUUUGGACAUGGAGGAGGUUUUGGAGGUGGAUUCGGUCACGGAGGUGGCUUCGGAGGGGGCUUUGGAUUCCGCAAAUUCGGAGGCGGUUUCGGCGGAGGCGGCUUCGGACAUCAUGGGUUUGGAGGUGGAUUCCCUGGCUACGGAGGGUUCGGUGGUGGUGGCGGAGGGUUCGUCGUUGGGGGAGGGUUCAUCAAGGGUGGCGGAUUUUAUGGCAAAAAAUGA